AUGACGAGCUCUGAAGAGGAUAAGCGCAAGACCUGCGCCGAGGAAGAUCAUCGCCAGAGGGCCACCCUGCAGGUCAUCCUCACAAUGGCGAGCCAAUGCACGGCUGGUGGAGCAUCUCGCCGUUUCGUGCUAGCUCUCAUGGUACUGACGCUCGUACGUCAGUCCAGCUGCAUUGCUCCCCCGGCGCCGCAGCCCGCUGCGACGAUUCCUCGGUCGACGCGGCCGCCGGCGCUGAUCCUGUUCGGUGACUCCAUCGUGGACUCGGGCAACAACAACGGCCUCACUUCGACGGUGCGGGCCAACUUCGCGCCCUACGGCCAGGACUUCCCCGGCCACAACGCCACCGGCAGGUUCAGCAACGGCAAGAUCGUCGGCGAUAUCCUCGCCACUCGGAUGGGCCUGAAGCAGUACGUGCCGGCUUACCUCGGCACGGAGCUCAGCGACUGGGAUCUCCUGACAGGCGUCAGCUUCGCCUCCGGCGGCUGCGGCUUCGAUCCCCUCACGUCCGAUCUCGUGUCGGUUCUCUCCAUGGACAACCAGCUUGACCUGUUCAAGGAGUACAAGGGUAAGCUGGACAGCAUCGCCGGCGCGCAGCGAGCCGCCUACAUCGUGUCGACGAGCCUGUACCUGGUGGUCACCGGCACGGACGACCUGGCCAACACCUAUUUCACCACGCCGUUCCGGCGAGACUACGACCUGGAGUCCUACAUCGAGUACCUCGUCCAGUGCGCCACUGACUUCAUCAAGAAACUGUACGGCGAGGGCGCGCGGCGGCUGAGCAUCGCCGGCGCGCCGCCCAUCGGGUGCGUGCCGUCGCAGCGGACCAUCGCCGGUGGCCACGACAGGGAGUGCGUCUCCCUCUACAACCAGGCGUCCGUGCUGUACAACGCGGCACUGGAGAAGGAGAUCAAGCUGCUCAACGGCUCCGCGGAGCUCCCGGGCUCGGUGCUCAAGUACAUCGACCUCUACAACCCGCUGCUCGACAUGGUGCAGCGCCCGGCAGCUUACGGAUUCGAGGUGUCCAACCGAGGGUGCUGCGGCACGGGGCUGUUCGAGGUGACGCUGACGUGCAAUAGGUACACGGCGGACGCCUGCAGAGACCCGAGCAAGUUCCUCUUCUGGGACACCUACCAUCUCACGGAGACAGGCUACAACAUCCUCAUGGCGCAGAUCAUAAAUCGUUACGGAUUGUGGUAA